AUGACAUCAUUACAAUCCCAAUCAGACAGUUCUGAAUCAUCAACCGUUGUAAAUGGUAAUGUUGUCACUACAACAACUCAAUCAAAAACAUUAAAUAAUGAUAAUACAAUAACAACAACAACAACAAUCGAUAAAACUGAUCAUGGUAAUUCGGAUAAUCAUUGUACAACAUUAAUUCAAACAACAUCAUCAACAGCAGGAGAUAAUAGUUCUGGUGAUAUAUUAAAUAAAAAAAUUAUACGUCAAAUUGAAUAUUAUUUUGGUGAUGUGAAUAUGGUACGUGAUAAAUUUCUGAAAAUAGAAUCAGAAAAAAAUGAUGGUUGGAUACCAUUAUCAAUUUUAACAACAUUUAAUCGUUUAAAAUCGUUAACAACUGAUCAAGAUCGUAUAAUGAAUGCAUUAAAACAAUCAUUUUCCGGUUUAUUACAAUUAAAUGAAAGUGAAAAUAAAAUACGUCGUGAUCCAACAAAACCGAUACCUGGUAGUCAACAAGAAUUAGAAUCAUUGUUAAAAAAUCGUACAGUUUACGUUAAAGGCUUUCCAAAAUCAUCGUCCAUUACAUUAGAUAAUUUACUUCAAUUUUUUGAAAAAUAUGGUUCAACAGAUAAUAUUCAAAUGCAUCGACAUUUUAAAACAAAAGAAUUCAAUGGUGCCGCAUUUGUCGUAUUUCCAACUGACAAAGAUGCCAUUAAAUUUGUUGAAUUAUCAAAACAAACACCAUUAAUUUUUAAUGGUAGUGGUGAUAAUAAUAAUACUGGUUCACAAUUAGAAUGUGAAUUACAAGAAGAUUAUUUGACCAGAAAAGCAAAUGAAAAUGGCAAUGAAUUUUCAUCAUAUGAGAAACGUCAAAAAGAUAAACAAGAGAAAAAAGAUAAACGAAAAGAAGAAUUAAAUAAAAUGACAAAUGAACAUGCGACUAAAUUAAAUCAAGAACAUAAUUUAACUGGUGCACUUAUUCAUAUCACAGGUAUGCCUGCAGCGGGUACUCGCGAAGAUCUUAAAGCAAAAUUCUCUCUAUUUACGAAAACACCAUGGGUAGACUAUAACAAAGGAGAGACACAGGCAUGGUUACGAUUGAAUGAGGCAAAUACGGCAAAAGAUGUGUUAGAAAAAGUAUUAGCGGCAAAUAAUGGAAAAUUAGAAAUUCAUGGAACUGAAGUUACAUGUCAUGUUGUAGAAGGAGACGAUGAAGUUAAAUUUUGGAAAGAUGCAAAUGAUAAACGUGCUGCUCAACGAACAAAAAAACGUGAUAAUAAUUUUGGUGGUCGAGGACGUGGUGGUAAACGCAACAAUAAUAGACGUUUUAACGAUAAACGAAAACGAAAUGGUCGUGAUAAUAGAUCGGCAAGAGAGGAUGAUGAUAAUGAUGAUGAAUCAGACAACGAAACUGAAGAUCAACAAACAAAAAAAUUGAGAGCUGAUGACAAUACUGUUAGCACAGAAUAA